UAGCAAUGGCCUCGAAACACCGCGCUUGUAAAUCAACUUCUUCUUGUUCUAAGUUCCCCUCCAUUAGAUAUUCAACUAUCCUUGCUUCAAUUCUACUUUUUACCUCCUUUUCCCUCUUCCUUGCAUCAUUAAGGCAGGUCCAGGAACCAUUACUUCAGACAAGGCAAGCCCCGUCGUUUAAGGGUGACCUUAGAGACGCAAAAUUUCCAUGGAACAAGCUUUGCUUCGGACCCACCUUUGAGAAGCUCAAGCUCGCUGUAUUCUCCAAGACAUGGCCAGUUGGUGCAGCCCCUGGUGGCAUGGAGCGCCAUGCAUCGACUCUAUACCAUUCCUUGGCCGCCUUGGGUCACGAAAUUCAUGUCUUCACAGUGCCUUCAGAUAGAAGGCCUCACCACGACAUCCAUGAUGGCAACCUGCAUGUAUACUUCGCAGCAAAUGACCAUGGAUCAGUCAACUGCUCUCUAGCAUUUGAAAUUUUCAGUAAGGUAAAUGCAAAUAGGGCGUUUGAUUAUGUACACACGGAGAGUGUUUCGUUGCCAUAUUGGCGUGCGAAACUGGUGCCUAAUCUGGCUGUAACGUGGCAUGGAAUUUGGUAUGGAAUUAUGCACUCAAAGUUGUUCCAAGAGCUUCUUUCAAACCCAAAUGGGGGUUUGCCAGAGCCCAUGACAGGGCUCCAAGAAGCUAUGCCAAGGCUAGUCGACGAAAUUAGAUUUUUCUCAAGCUAUAAACAGCAUAUAUGUAUCAGUAUCAGUGCCGGUGACAUUCUAGUUAACAUCUAUCAACUACCGCAAAGAAAUGUCCAUGUUAUACUAAAUGGGGUUGAUGAUACAAAAUUUGUGCAAGACCCAGAAGCCGGUGGAAGGUUUAGAAGAAAGUAUGGUGUCCCUGCCAAUGCAAGCCUUGUCAUGGGAGUGGCGGGGCGGCUGGUAAGGGACAAAGGGCACCCUCUUCUUUAUGAUGUCUUUUCAUCAAUGGUCAAACGACAUCCCGGUGUAUGUUUACUUGUAGCAGGGUCAGGUCCUUGGGGAAGAAGGUAUGCUAAAUUAGGCUCUAAUGUGAAAAUUUUAGGUCCGUUGGAGCCUUCAAAGCUGUCUGAAUUUUAUAAUGCUCUUGAUGUGUUUGUGAAUCCAACACUGAGGCCUCAGGGCCUCGAUCUUACAUUGAUGGAAUCAAUGCAUUGUGGGACACCAGUUUUGACACCAAAUUAUCCAAGCAUAGUUGGGACUGUAGUUGUAAAUGAAGGAUUUGGAUAUACCUUUUCGCCUAACGUGAAUUCUUUUGUGGAGGCCUUGGAGUCGGUGAUUAGAGAUGGACCUGAAGUGUUGCAGAAGAAAGGCAUGGCUUGCAAGGAAUAUGCACUGUCAAUGUUUACGGCGACCAAAAUGGCAUCUGCUUACGAAAGGUUCUUCCUCUGCAUGAAGGACACUAGAUACUGUCAAUACCCUCUUCCAACAGAUUGUUAAAAGCUCUAUUAAAUGAAGGUAAUAUUGGUAUAUGAAAAUCUAAUAUGGUAAAGUGGUUUAUGUAUGUUUUUGUAAUUACCAUCAGUAUGCAACUUCUGAAAACAGGCAAUAUCUAUACAAAAUGAAUUCCGAAGUCAAA